GCGUGCUCGGGAUGUGGACCAGGAUACCAAAGCCCGCUCCACGCCAUGAAGGGCGAGCGCGAGAAGAUCGUGUAUCUUCCGUGCAUCUACCGCAACACGGCCACCCGUCAGGCCGACUACUUGGCCACGGUGGACGUGGACCCUGAAUCUCCAUCCUACUGCCAGGUGGUCCACCGUCUUCCGAUGCCCAACGUGAACGACGAGCUCCACCACAGCGGCUGGAACGCCUGCAGCAGCUGCUUCGGCGACGCCUCCAAGAAGCGCGACCGCCUCAUCCUGCCCGCCCUCAUCUCCUCCCGGAUCUACGUGGUGGACGUCGGCAGCGACCCCAGGAGACCGGCGCUCCACAAGACGGUGGAAGCCGUGGAUCUGUACUGGAAAUGCGGCCUGGCCAACCCUCACACCAGCCACUGCCUGGGCAGCGGUCAGAUCCUCAUCAGUUGCAUGGGAGACCCGUCCGGGGCGGGCAAAGGCGGUUUCGUGCUACUGGACGGCGAGACCUUCGAGGUGACGGGCAACUGGGAGAGUCCCGGCGAGGCCGCUCCCUUCGGCUACGACUUUUGGUACCAGCCUCGCCACAACGUGAUGAUCAGCAGCGAGUGGGGGGCUCCCAAGUUCCUCGCUGAUGGUUUUAAUCCGGCUCACGUCGCAGAAGGCCAGUACGGAACUUCCCUCCACGUGUGGGACUGGACCACUCGUAAGAGGGUGCAGACCCUGGAUCUGGGAGAAGAGGGCGCCAUUCCUCUGGAGAUCCGCUUCCUCCAUGACCCCGCCGCCGCCGAGGGCUUUGUGGGCUGCGCUCUCAAGGGGAGCGUCUUCCGCUUCUACAAAGCGUCGACGGGAAAGUGGUCCGCGGACAAAGUCAUCGGUGUUCCCAGCAAGAAGGUCGAAGGAUGGAUGCUACCCGAGAUGCCGGGUCUGAUUACUGACAUUCUGAUCUCUUUGGACGACCGCUUCCUUUACUUCAGCAAUUGGCUGCACGGCGACAUCAGGCAGUACGACAUUAGCGACACCAAGAACCCUCGACUCGUCGGACAGGUGUUUUUGGGUGGCAGCCUCACCGCCGAUGGACCUGUAAGAGUCCUGGACGACCCGGAAAAGCAGCCCGCCCCUCGUUUCAUCCAGGGAAAGCGUAUCCACGGUGGUCCUCAGAUGUUACAGUUAAGUUUGGACGGUCGCAGGCUUUAUGUAACAACAUCGCUCUACAGUGGCUGGGACAAACAGUUCUACCCCGAAAUGAUCCGGGAAGGGUCGGUCAUGAUGCAGAUCGACGUGGACUCCGAGCGCGGGGGUCUGAGCCUCAACGAGAACUUCCUUGUGGACUUUGGCAAAGAGCCCGGCGGUCCGGCGCUGGCUCACGAGCUGAGGUACCCCGGAGGAGACUGCACGUCCGACAUCUGGCUGUGA